UGCCCGCCGCGCGCCCCCGGCAGCGCCGGCCCCAUGCCCGCCGGCCGCCUGGGCCCCGCCGCCCAAUCCGCGCGGCGGCCGCCGCCGCUGCUGCCCCUACUGCUGUUCUGCGUCCUCGGGGCGCCUCGAGACGGAUCAGGAGCCCACACAGCUGUGAUCAGCCCCCAGGACCCCACGCUCCUCAUCGGCUCCUCCCUGCAGGCCACGUGCUCAGUGCACGGGGACCCACCGGGCCCCACCGCAGAGGGCCUCUACUGGACCCUCAACGGGCACCGCUUGCCCCCUGAGCUCUCUCGUGUGCUCAACGCUUCCACCCUGGCUCUAGCCCUGGCCAACCUCAAUGGAUCCAGGCAGCAGUCGGGGGACAACCUCGUGUGCCACGCCCGAGAUGGCAGCAUACUGGCGGGCUCCUGCCUCUAUGUUGGCCUGCCCCCAGAAAAACCUUUCAACAUCAGUUGCUGGUCCAAGAACAUGAAAGACCUGACAUGCCGCUGGACGCCGGGGGCCCAUGGAGAGACCUUCCUCCACACAAACUACUCUCUGAAGUACAAACUGAGGUGGUAUGGGCAGGACAACACGUGUGAGGAGUACCACACAGUGGGACCUCACUCCUGUCACAUCCCCAAGGAUCUGGCCCUCUUUACCCCCUACGAGAUCUGGGUGGAAGCCACCAACAGGCUGGGUUCGGCCCGCUCAGACGUGCUCACACUGGACAUCCUGGAUGUGGUGACCACGGAUCCCCCGCCGGACGUGCACGUGAGCCGAGUAGGGGGCCUGGAGGACCAGCUGAGCGUUCGCUGGGUUUCCCCGCCAGCCCUCAAGGACUUCCUCUUCCAAGCCAAGUACCAGAUUCGAUAUCGUGUGGAGGACAGUGUGGAUUGGAAGGUGGUGGACGACGUGAGCAAUCAGACCUCCUGUCGCCUGGCGGGCUUGAAGCCAGGCACCGUUUACUUCGUUCAAGUGCGCUGCAACCCCUUUGGCAUCUACGGCUCCAAAAAGGCAGGGAUCUGGAGCGAGUGGAGCCACCCCACAGCCGCCUCCACCCCCCGCAGUGAACGUCCGGGUCCCGGCGGCGGGGCAUGCGAGCAGCGGGGCGGAGAGCCGAGCUCGGGGCCGGUGCGGCGCGAGCUCAAGCAGUUUCUGGGCUGGCUCAAGAAGCACGCGUACUGCUCGAACCUCAGCUUCCGCCUCUACGACCAGUGGCGAGCUUGGAUGCAGAAGUCGCACAAGACGCGAAACCAGCACAGGACGAGGGGAUCCUGCUCUCGGGCAGACGCAGCGCGGCGAGAGGUCCUACCAGAUAAACUCUAAGGUCUGGAAGCUGCCCUCGCCUUGUGGAGACCCAGGGCCAGACACCCAGACACCCAGACUGGGGCCACCUCUGUACCCUCACUUCACAGUGCCUGAACACCCUUGGCAGGAGCUGGAGUGGGCACUGAGCUCCAGGAAUCACAUCUCUGUCCUACAUUCGAAGCCACCCUUGGGUCCACCCAGUGGUGGGGUGUGUGGGGGUUGGCUAAGCUGCCCAGAACCCCUGACAGGGUUGAGGGUGAAGAGGAGUCAUUACUUCUCUCACCCAGGACCCCACCAAAGAAUCUUUUUAAAUAAACGAGCUACUUAGGUGC